AUGUUUUCAGAAUAUGCUUCGCGCUUCUUAGCUCAGUCACAGUCUCGAUUCUCCAAUUUCGUCCAACAGGAUAACGAAAUCCCAACUCGAAGUCCAAAUGAACGUUAUCAACGGUCGCAGCCUUUACGAAGUUCCAGACACCAAAGAGGACUAGGAAAUCCUUAUCAGUCAUCACAUCUCCCAAACUUUGGAUUUACCUCUCGAUAUUCCCAAGCUCCGCCUGAUGCCCCGUUAUUUCACAGCGCCUUGAAUGAUUUUCAGGAAGAAGAUGAGGAAGAGGAACGAGAGAGGGAGACUGCAGAUUUCUUUGCGCUUCAACGAUCACGGAGGGUUUUUGCACCUACGAGAGAACUGGAAGAAAGCGAGGAAACAGAGCGCGACGGGAGUGAUAUAGCUCUGGGGAAUAGUAAAGAUGAUGGAAUCGCAGGUGAUCAUCGGGAACGUCCACGAGGAAUCAAAAGUAGUUGGAAGGGCGGUAUCCGAAGUACAAGAGAGCGAGGCCACACACCGGAAACAGUUGGGGAAGAACAUGAUGACGAAAGCAGGCGACCAAGCAGUCAGGGAAGCAGUAGUAAAGGAAAGGGAAGAAUGGUCGAUAUUGGACUAGAAUCUACAAUUGCCGACAGCUUACCGCCAAGUGAACCGGAUUAUGAUAUGGGUGACGAUAAUCCACCAGCAUUUCAACAAUUCAAAUCUGGGCCAAAAUCUGGCACAACCCGAUUUACAGAUGAAUCCAUCAGAGGCAAUGAGAGAGAUAUCGAGUCGCAACAAUUACCUGGUUCGCGAUUCCCCAUGCGACCGAAUGAAGUGGAGAUUGUUCCAGUAGCAAUUCCUACACUCAGACGAACUGGAAGGGCCAAAGCAUGA